UUUAAAAGCGACUUUGUUUCGUUUUCCUUAAAAAAGAAAAUCAAUUGAAAAUCGCUCUAAAGACCUAUUUCACAUAGUUGAAAAGAGCUAUUAUAGGUCUUUACAGCUAUAACGCUCAAUCGGCAGAGUGUACUGGACCUGUGGUAAGUCAUUGUAGAUAUCAUUACUCAUAUUUCACAAUGUCUAUUUCAUAUCUAUUCCACUUCUCAUUUAUACAUUGUAUGCAAGUACCUGCAAUGCGUUAUUCGUUUUGCAGGCUCUCGUCUAUGGAAUAAACAUAUUAAUGAAAGAAAACCUUCGACUUAUAACUCAUUUGUGGUUGAGAAAGGGGUACAAAUGGCGCCCAACGUGGGGCGCCAUGUGUACCCCAAGAAGACAGUCGUCUGCAAAUAACCUCACGGUGGAUUUCACUGCUAGUGGAAGGUCAUUGAUGAUGCAGAGGAAGAAGAGUGAGUGGUCCGAGUAUUGUCCGUCCCCGACCCGUAUGAAAAACGUGCGUAAAACUGGCGUUUUCUUGCGGCGUUUUUCAUCCGUAAGGGUAAACACCGGUUUUACAUACGUACGUAUUUUCGCCUGUAAAACAUGCGGGGUCCUCAACAUGCGUUUUUUCCCUGUGUAACCCUUUGGGUCGAUAUGGUUGUCCUCUUCUUCUUCUUCUUCCAUUUAAAGCGGCAGAUCUCUGGGCUGGGCUAUAUCUACAGGCAGAGAAUUCCAUGUACUGAUAGUUCUGGGAAAAAAGAAUUUCGAUAUUUGUCCGAAUUAGUAGAAAUUUGUUGCGAGUUUGUGGGCUAGUUCGGCCGUCUGGCACUUUAACAUGAUCAUUAGGGGAGAUGGCUACUUUGUCAUUUAGAUUUUGUACAUCAUUGUAACCCUUACUUUUGCUCGUCAGGCGCAUAGCUGCCUAUACGCGAGUACGCAGCUGAAUCCACAUUAUUUUGACAACAAAAAUUUUUUUUAGUAAAAAAAAUGUGGUUUGAAAUUCAGCCGCGUUCGCCAGAUCUGAUAAUUACCACACUGAAUACUUUAUAAAUCAUAUAGCCUAAAUCGUACACCAUACCGUAGUAUUUUUUUGAAAAGUUGUCGGCCUUUGCAGCUCUUCAAAGUCGGAAGUUUGCACGCGCCGUAUUUUCGAAAUGUAAACAAAUGUUUACAUCGAGUUCUUAAAAAAGUCAUCAGCAGAAUCAGCGAUAGAAAAGAGGUAAUUAUAACUAAAAUGUUACUAUGUAUGCCUAGUGUUUAUUUGUUUCGGUCUGUUUGUUGAGUAAUGACAUGUUUGACCAUGUCUGUGAACCGAUUCUAGCGAGACUGACAACAUUUUGAACUAACCAACCUUAAUCAGUGAAUUCAUGAUGCAAAUGUGAAAAAUUCUGGUGCAUUUGUCGUAUUAGUUACUCUGCAUUUUUGAAAUAGUUCCUUCUUGGUAGAUUAGUUAUAUUGAUACAUGGAAUUUUUAUGAAAAAAACAUUUCUGGUAAACACAACGCUCGUCAUUUUUUUCAUCUACGGAAGCGCAUAAAGGUCAAAAGUAUUCCGAUUUCAUACAUGUACGGAGCCACAAUUUAUUCUUCCAGGUUCUAAUUACGCAAGAAAUAUGGCACAGAAGAGAAUUGACAGCUUCUUCAGCGUAGGUCCAAAAACUGGGCUGUCUGAAAAAGGCACCGAUGCAACCGAGCCUAGUACAUCGCCCGGUACGUCUGGUGUGAAGGAGGGUCCUGAACCUAUGACUUUAGAUAAAGAUGAGCUCGUGGGGAUUGCGUACAGUCCCGAUGACUUGUAUCCUGAUCCAGCAAGGUUAACAAAGGCUUCAGAUGACUCGAUAAAAGUGAAAGUGCUGCAAAACAACAAAGAAUGGGCCAAAACUUUUAAGUUUCCGUCAAGGUAAACUGAUUCUGAUUCAUUUGAUUUAAAGAUGUGAAGUUAUAACGGUUGCAGAUCAAUAGAAAAUUGUAGUUUAGUCAACCAGUAUUGUAUAGAAAAAUACCGUUAAAAUCUCUAAACACAGUCCCGAGGUCUCAAAAUCGAUGGUUUAUGUUGAGGUCUUUUUGUGAGUGGUACAUGUGGGAAAAUAGACGCAAGCCCGUCUCUUACCACUCGAUUGUAAACCCAUAUUAAUAUACUGCUUCUUCCACUUGUUCGAUGUUUGGUUCCAUUAUAAUUAUAUUAGCGCGCUAAUGACAUGUUUACUAUAUAAUUAAGACGAAUAAAGUAUAGUGAAUAUACUCAUAUAUCUGAUAACGUUAUUGAAGUACCAGUAUCAUAAGUAUACUAGUAAGAUACUAGAUAUAUACUAUUAAAAUGGAAUCAUUUGCUUCCCUGCUUUCCGGAUUUCUACGUAUUUGGUUGCAAAAUUGUUCCAUUUCAAGUUCGUACACUAUUUCUUUAUUUUAUUAUUUCAGUAUUGAGUAUGGAACGAAGCGUCAGUUCUCGGUAGAUUGGCUAGAGAAGUAUGACUGGCUUCGAUAUUCAGUUUCCGAGAAUUCAGUGUAUUGUGCUCCCUGUAUUUUGUUUGGUGCUUCAUCUCCAAAGGAGAAAACAUUCAUCAAUACCCCAGUAUCAAAAUGGUCUAACCUUGGAAAGUACAUCAAGAGACAUACCGAGCCUGGUUCGAGUCAUCAUAGCUGCUGCGCUAGUGCUAGUAGUUUUAUGAAAAUCAUCGAAGGGAAACAAGCAAGCAUUACAGCACAACUGUCGAGAAACAAAGUCGAAACUGUUGCUAAAAAUAGACAGGUGCUUAGAUCUGUUAUAGAGGUCAUCAUUCUGUGCGGUCGACAAAAUAUUCCACUUAGAGGUCAUGAUGACAACAAUAGUAACUUUACUGUCCUGUUGAAAGACAAGGCCAACAGGGAUGAAAUCCUGAAAACACACCUGUCCUCUAAAUCUAAGGUUACUUACACUUCGCCUAUGAUCCAAAAUGAAUUAAUCACUUUGUUGGGAAAUAACAUAAAAGGCAAGAUAGUUCAGCAGUGCAACGAUGCUAUUUGUUAUUCAUUUCUUGCAGAUGAAGCUACUGACGCGAGCACUAUGGAACAAAUUGCUAUGUGUGUAAGAUAUUAUUCUGAAACUGAACAGGACGUGCGUGAAGACUUUGUGGGAUUUGUGCAAGCAGAAUCUACAACAGGAGAGGCUCUUUUUAACAAGUUUAUUGAGGGGCAGCGGGACGCAGGAUUAGACAUCUCCAAGAUGAGGGGACAAGGGUAUGAUGGGGCCAGUAAUAUGUCUGGUUGUCAUCGAGGUGUGCAAGCUCGGGUCCAGCAAGUAGUUCCCCAAGCAAUGUAUGUGCACUGCAAAGCCCAUAGCCUUAAUUUGUCAAUUGUGCAUGCCUGUAAAGAGGCACUCGUCAGAAACUUGUUGGACACAGUACAACAAAUCGGAUUUGCUUUCAAGUACUCUGCCAAACGUCUUUUAGCUUUCAAAGAGGAGCUUGGCAACGAUCCCGUGGCACAGGAAGAGAUGCAGAAGAGAACACGUCUUCAAAGUCUGUGUGAGACGCGAUGGGCUAGUCGGGCUGACGCACUUUACACUUUCAAAGCUGCAUACACAUCAAUUGUAAGUGCACUGGAGGUGCUAGAACGAGAGGGAGACUCAAAAGCACGGAGCUACAGAUGCAGUAUCCUUGGGUUCGACUUCAUCAUCUCUCUAGUUGUGGUUGAAUUCGUCCUCCAGGGUGUUAUGCCUCUAAACAAGCUGCUACAGAAGCAGAAUAUCGACUUGAUCGAAGCAGCCAAGGAGAGUCGAGUUCUUAUAGCCACAUUUCGUGCAGAGAGAGCCGAUGAUGCUGUGUGGGAUGGGCUUUACGACAAAGCAGUUGCCAUGGCAGAAGACCAAGGAGUCGAGCCUUCAAAGCCUAGAACAGCUCGACGCCAACAGCACCGUGGCAACGUGCCUGCCGACUCUGUUUCGGAAUACUGGAAAAGAGCAUUGUUCUAUCCAUUUCUUGAUCAUCUAGUUGUGGAACUAGAAGACCGUCUUGUAUCCAGCAAUGAGAGGUUUAAGGCUCAAUAUCUCAUCCCAAGCCUUCUUCCUGAGCUCAGCCGAGAUCACGAGGAUUCCAUCUUCCAGGAGUAUGAGAGUGACCUCAGUGGGGAUCGGGAAGCCUUCCGAAAUGAGGUUUCUCGAUGGAAAGUAAGAUGGGAGCUGGAGGGGACAAAACCCUCAAAUCUUACUGACACAUUGAAGGCUACGAACAAGACUCUGUAUCCAGACAUCUUCACCUGUCUAGUUGUACUAAUUACGAUGCCAGUGUCUACCGCUACCGCCGAGAGGCAGUUUAGUAUCAUGAGACGCCUGAAAAACUACAUGAGAUCAACGAUGCUCACAGAACGGAUGUCUGGACUAGCCCUGUUGCACGCCUACAGACACAUGGAAAUAGAUAUUGAUAUUAUCAUUAACGAGUUUGCGGCCAGCAAAGGCCGCAAGUUAGACUUGCUGUGAAAUGUAGACUAGUUGAAAUAAACGAAAGUAAAGCUAUUCAUCUCCAUUUUUAUGCUAAAAGAAAUCGAUUUUCGUUGGUCAAGAAAGCUCUCCGGAGGUCCCAAAACGCACCAAAUUGCACCAUUUAUUUCAAAAUUUUCAGGGGGGGCAUGAUUAUUUUGAAUCCACAUUCUUUAUAGGCUAGCUACGCGCCUGCUCGUCUCUGUGCAAGUGGUUCCCAGGUCAGUGAUUGUACCUGAUGACACUUCCAGGUUUACGGGUCCUGUAGUUGUUAUAGACAUAUCGAGCAGCCCUACGUUGGACGGAAACAACAGUACGAAGUUUUCUGUGGUGUAUGGGUCCCAACAUGUAGA